AUGGGGUGCAAGUUAUCUCAGCUAGCGGCUUCUGAGUUCACUCACGACCCUUUCGACCGGCCGCCUCCAGCAUCUGAUCCUCGAUCACCUCUCACUGCUAAGCAACAAUACUGUAUAAUGGCCUCAUGGAAAGGCAUUUUCAGACAAAUCGAGAAGACUGGCAUUAUAUUGUUUGUCAAACUAUUCGAGGAAAACGAAGAACUGAUGCACCUUUUUGAGAAGUUUCGUGAGCUUCGCACCAAGGAAGCUAUAGUAUCGUCUGCAGAACUAGCAGAGCACGCUACUAAGGUGAUGCACACCCUUGACGAAGGCAUCAAGGGGCUGGCUGAUAUGGACGCUUUCUUCACAUAUGUUAGACAUGUUGGUGCUACUCAUCAACAAGUACCAGGAUUCAAGGCGGAGAACUUUAUGAAAAUUGAGCAACCUUUUUUGGAGGCGGCAAAAACUACUUUAGGUGACAGAUACACCCCGAACAUCGAGAAUAUAUACAAAAUGACCAUACGAUUCAUAUUAGAGAACCUAGUCAAGGGCUACGAAGAUGCGGGAAAAGAAAACGGGACGACCGAAACU